UUAAUUGAGUAGAGAAAUUAGUCUUAAAAAGUAUAGUUAAGAUGGCCGGAAAAGCGUCUAAAACUCUGAUGAAGCAAUCCGAUGAACCAGAUGACCUGAUUUUUGGAUUCUUAGACGAAGGUCUCGAGUUUGAGUCAUCAAAAAGAUCGUCAGAGUUGACCAUUAGCUGUAGUAGUAGCGGAGAUAUAAUGGACGAAGAAGAGGAAGAUGAAAAUGUUAACAAUAGUGAGGAGAAAAAGUUGUUUUGGGCAUCACAAGAGGAGCUUCUUCAGACAACAUUGUGUAGGACAACUUCUUUUGAAUCGAGUGUCAGAAAAGCAACAAAGGAGGCUCUAAAAGAAUUGAAAUUCACAAGCAUCAAUUGUAGCUGCCGGAAUAUGGUAUCCGAUAGUUGUCGCAAAUGUAUGCAAAAUGAAAUCUCCGAACGCCUUAUAAAUGCAGGUUUUGAUUGUUUCAUUUGCAAGUCCAAGUGGAAAAGCUCACUGGGAAUACCUUCAGGUGAAUACACAUACAUGGAAGUGGUGCAAACCGCAAGUUCAAAAAAAGGGAAAUCAAUGAAAGUCAUCAUAGAGUUGAAUUUCAGGGGAGAAUUCGAAAUGGCACGUGCCAACGAAGGCUACAAUCGUCUAGUAAAGCAAUUACCGGAAGUAUAUGUAGGAAAGGUAGAAAGGCUUAGAGAUUUAAUAAAAAUAUUAUGUUGUGCUUCAAAGAAAUGCAUGAAGGAAAAGAAUAUGCACAUGGGUCCAUGGAGGAAGCAUAAGUACAUGCAAGCUAAGUAUCUCGGGUCGCCGGAGAUUAAGCUGGAGCCAAUUUUUCCGGUGAACAAUUUGCAGCGUUUGCCAAGGCCGAAGGCUUCUAUGCUCACUUUUGAUUUGCUUGAUAAUUUGCCUACGGGGUUGCAUUGUGCGGCAAUCAAAGUUGUUUGAUAACGAGUCAAAUUUUCUAACUAGUAUAGUACGUAUUAGAAUAUUCCUAGUUUGCUCUUGGAAUCUCGAACAAUUUCACAUGUAAACUAGUGAGAAAUAU